AUGAUGGGUGCGUUAAUGGUCAGAAGCAAUGACCUCUGUAGUUUGCGGUCUCACUCCCAUAUCUUGUGCAGCUCUUACAGCCAACUCAUUGUGGAGGAGCUUGGCUACCCUUAUGAUGCCAUUACUACUACUACUACUACUACUACUACUACUACUACUACUACUACUACUACUACUACUACUACUACUACUACUACUACUACUACUACCACUACUACUACUACUACUACUACUACUACUACUACUACUACUACUACUACUACUACUACUACUACUACUACUACGACUACUACCGCUGUUCCUUUGCUGAGGCAUUCGAUAGCGAUGCAGCUCUCGACAGGCCAUCGUUAG